CUAUAAAAAGAUCGCUCAACUGUCAAAUAUAGGUUACCGGCAGUGAUUUGUGUUGUGGUAAAUCUCAUUUUUGCUGUGUUUCCUCAACCAAAAUAACUCAAGCCUUUCCAAAAUCAUGCCACCAAAAAAAGUGCAAGAACCGGAAAGGAAGCCCCUUAUAGGCAGGGUCGGCACCAAUUUGAGGGUUGGCAUCGUUGGAAUACCAAAUGUUGGGAAAUCGACUUUCUUCAACGUUCUGACCAAAAGCUCGGCGGCGGCGGAGAAUUUCCCGUUCUGCACCAUUGAUCCCAAUGAAAGUCGUGUACCCGUCCCUGACGAACGUUUCGACUAUCUGUGUGAAUACUUCAAGCCAGUAAGCAAGGUUCCGGCGUUUCUGAACGUGGUGGACAUCGCCGGAUUGGUUAAGGGGGCGUCGGAAGGACAGGGAUUGGGCAAUGCGUUCCUAAGCCACAUCAGCGCUUGUGACGCCAUCUUUCAUUUGUGCCGCGUUUUUGAAGAUGAUGAUGUCACGCACGUCGAAGGUGACAUCAACCCAGUCAGAGACCUAGACAUCAUUUCCGAGGAGCUGAGACUGAAAGAUGAAGAAACCUUGAUGAAGAAUCUAGAAAAACUAGAAAGAACGGUGCUUCGAGGCGGCGAUAAGAAACUGAAACCCGAAUAUGACACCCUAAGUAAAAUCAAAGGAGUGUUGGUCGACGAAAAGAAACACAUACGAUUCGGCGACUGGGACGCGAAAGAUAUUGAAGUAUUGAACAGAUACCUCUUUCUUACGUCAAAACCGACGAUAUACUUAGUGAACCUCUCCGAGAAGGACUACAUCAAGAAAAAGAACAAAUGGUUAAUAAAGAUCAAAGAAUGGGUUGACAAAAAUGAUCCCGGGGCGCUAAUCAUCCCAUUUUCUGGCGCUUUCGAGCACAAACUGAUGGAAGAAUACGAAGAUCCUUCUCUGCGAAAAAAACACUUGGAGGAGAUCGGCGUUGGCAGUGCGCUGGACAAGAUCAUCGUCCAAGGCUACAAAGCCCUCCAGCUGGAAUACUUCUUCACGUCGGGCCCCGACGAAGUGAAAGCAUGGACGAUUCAGAAAGGCACCAAAGCGCCACAAGCCGCAGGUCGCAUCCACACCGACUUCGAGAAAGGUUUCAUCAUGGCCGAAGUAAUGAAGUUCAUCGACUUCAAAGAAGAGGGCUCUGAAGCCUCCUGCAAAGCCGCAGGAAAAUAUCGACAACAAGGCCGCAACUAUGUAGUAGAAGACGGAGAUAUAAUCUUCUUCAAGUUUAACGCUGGUGCAGGUCUGAAGGACGCUAAGAAGAAAUGAUUAACACUGACUGUGACCAUUUGUGUCAUGGUUUAUUUAUAUGUCAACAUGAUUUUUUUCUACUCAAGCUUGCACUGUUAAUGCAUUUUGUCGAUGGAUAAGUGUAAUUAUAAUAAAUUGAUUGUACAGUC